GCAAGACGCUCAGAUGCGCAGCCUGCUUAGAAACGGGUUUCAUUUUCCCAGAAUGACAGCGGCCCCGAGUUCUGUGGUGUUUUUAUUCCGCUGCAUCUGAGUUCUCCCGUGGAUUCACAUGAGAAGUGAGCCCUACGUCUGCCACGAUGUAGGUGACUUCUCUGGUCCCCAUGGAAACGCAAUACAACUACAAGGGGAAGAUGGCAACUUUGGUCAGGCUGCGGGAGCUUCUGGUGGGGCUGGAGAACGAAUAUUUUGGUAGGAAUUGGAUUGCAGAAGAAAACCGACUGAGAGAACAUUGUGCUGCUGUAAAAAUCCAGAGCUGUUUUAGGGGGUUUAAGGUUCGAGCACAUAUCAGAUACUUGCAGAAAAAGGCGAUCAUCAUUCAGAAAACAUGGCGAGGAUUUCAAAGCCGGGUAUAUUUCAGAUUCAUGGUGCAGAGAGCAUAUUUUAUUAUGAAGAUGAAUUUCUACAAUGAAAUGGCUGUCAGGAUCCAGAAAAGAUGGCAUGGAUAUUAUGUUCGAAAAUAUAUCCAUAACUUCUAUGAAAUGAAGAAGUAUUUCAUUAGCCUCAGCAUGAAAAAUCUGACUAUAAGAAAAAAACUGGAAGAAUAUGAGCAGACAAAGAAGAAGGAACGGGAAAGGAAAGCUAUAGAGGAGGAAGAGAGAAGAAAGUGUUACGAAGCCCGAAAGAUACAUUACCUCCUCAGCACUGAGCAGAUUCCAGGUAUUUACAACUCUCCGUACAGGCUGCACCCAAGUGAAAUGGAGUAUACAUUACAACGUACCAAACCACGGAGUCACAUUAUAUCUCACAAAAAGGAUGGCACUGAAGGUCUUGUAGAUCCAUCAAUACCAGGUGUUCCAUGCAGCUUUCCUCCAUUACUACCACCAAUACUCAGAGAGAAACCACAGGGUCCCUUCCGCGAUACUGCUGAAGUAUUGCAACAGCGCUACAAGCCUUUGGAGCCAACCUUGCGGGUGGCAACAUCAAUCACAUCAGAGGAGGAGGCACGGAAGGAGAUGAAAAGAGAAGAAUGGAGAAAUCGUGUACAUGACAAUAUAUUCCUGCCCUUUAGCCGUACAAAUAAGUUUAAAACCUAUGAGCCACUCCUACACACUAGCAGCAAAUAUGGACCCAUUGCUUAUGGAACUAAGCACUUCAGAGCAACAGAAGACACACCAUCCAUGAACAAGCCAUUCAAAACUGUUUUUACAUCUGUCUAUCUUUUUGAGAAGUUUCAAAAAACAUAUUCCAAAGCUGGAGAAGUGUUUUAA